UUGGAAGUUGGAGCAUUAUUAUGCAUAAAAAAGCCCAUCACAGAGGAAAUAGCAAGGUACCUAUGGCAGCUCGUGGUAACGCGCAAAAGAAAGAAAAACGAGUUGAAUAUGGCAUCCAAUAUUUAUAAUAAUAUUGGAGUUGGGGAAUUCAAAUUCAAUGAUAUUAUAAGCGAAAAUGCUAAUUCAGAGGAAAGUCAUAACAACAUAAAAAUAAAAUGUGAAAAUGAUGUUGAUCAUCAAGAAAUUGUUAGCAUAAGAAGCAAGGUUUGGACCGAGUGGACUCAGGAACUUCAUGAUAAGUUCAUGUUUGCCGUCAGACAGCUUGGACCAGGAAGAUGUUAUCCAAAAGAUAUUCUCGAGGUAAUGAAUGUACCUGGCCUCACAAGAAUGCAAGUAGCAAGCCAUCUUCAGAAAUGCCGAAUAGGAAGUUGGACACCUCCGAAUGAGAGGACAAAGAGACUAUGCCUCGGCCUUCAUCACAUAACUCCAAAUGCACAAAAUAAUAUGGAAGCACUUGAGUCCAAGGCUUCUUCUAUCCCAUUUCCCUUUGAUGCUUCAUCUUAUUAUAACCAAACUCACUACUUGGAGUUUCCAAGUAUUGAUAGUGUUACACAAAGUUUCUGUGCCCAUGAGGAAGUUCCCAUAAACUAUAAUGAGACUUUCAUGAACAAUGCAAAUGUGGAGAAAUGCUGGGAAAAUACUUCAAAAACUGGAGAUGAUGAUGUUGGGAAAGCUCAAGUAGUGGGGAAGAAUAAUGAGGAAGAGUAAUGUGAUGCUUGAUUUGAAGAUUUUACAAUUUUUAUGCCUUUGAAGCAUUAUUAAUAUAUGCAGUUCAUACU